GCUUGACCAAUGAGGGCAAAGAUUGUUGUGGGGCCAUGUGAGAGGUUUGACGGACGUUAUUUUUCAAGUUGUUGUGGUAAAUGAAUGGUCGGAGCAUUGAAACACUAAGUCAGUAGGUGGAGAUGUUCCGCAGUGUGCUGGGAAAGACCUUGGGCUUUGUGGGCUACACAGUCCAGUAUGGCUGCAUUGCACAUUGUGCCUUCGAAUACAUUGGAGAAUUUGUGGUGUGUUCUGGUCCAUCCAUGGAGCCAACCAUCGUCAACCAUGAUAUUGUGUUCUCUGAACGGAUGAGUCGUCAGCAAUGCAAAAUACAGAAGGGUGAUAUCAUUAUUGCAAAGAGUCCAUUUGACCCUAACAUGAACAUUUGUAAAAGGGUAACUGGACUGGAGGGUGACAAGGUCUGCACAAGUUCCCCAUCAGAUCUGUUCAAGGCCCACACAUAUGUUCCAAAAGGCCAUGUAUGGCUAGAAGGGGAUAACCUGAGGAACUCCUCUGACUCAAGGAGCUAUGGCCCAAUUCCCUAUGCCCUGAUCCGAGGGCGUGUUUGCCUAAAGCUCUGGCCACUGCAUAGUUUUGGGAGCCUCAGUGAAAGCCCAACCAGACGGAUCAUUAAAGCCCGGAGUGACUCAGACUGACUCAUUCACUUUGUUUUCAACCAUUUUGAAUAAAGCUGAUAUUUAUAUAAAUGCAUAUUUUAAAA